GUGUAAGGAAAACACAAGAUUGAAAAUUUAAAAUUAAAAAAGAAAAACAAACAUCAAGAAAAAAAAUCUUUGAGCUAAUAAUGGAAGCAAUAGCUGCUGGUUCAACUGCUUUUUUAGGAAAGUUUGAGCAACAUCAUCUUCAUCAUGCUCAACCUUCAUUUUCUCGUUCUCCAAGAACCCUCACAGUCAUUGCUAUGGCUUCCCAGAAGAAGGUGAACAAGUAUGACCCAGGGUGGAAAAAACAAUGGUUUGGAGCAGGACUAUUUUUCGAAGGGAGUGAAGAACUUGAAGUAGACGUGUUCAAGAAGUUAGAGAAGCGAAAAGUCCUUAGCAAUGUUGAAAAAGCUGGGUUACUAUCAAAGGCACAAGACCUUGGAUUCACACUUUCAUCAAUUGAGAAACUAGGGGUGUUAUCUAAAGCAGAGGAUUUGGGUUUGUUGAGCUUAUUGGAGAAAUCGGCUAGUUUGUCUCCUGCAGCCUUGGCAUCCGCCUCAUUGCCCUUGCUAGUGGCGGCCAUUGCAGCGUUUAUUCUUAUCCCACAUGACUCGGCUGCCCUUGUCGCGGUUCAAACGGUGAUUGCCGGUACUCUUUUUGCCGGGGCUGCCGGGUUGUUUAUCGGUUCUGUUGUUUUGGAUGGGUUACAGGAAGAUUAAGUGGUCAUUCACUGGGGUUGUAACUUGUAAGCUAGUCGUCUAUCUGUAUAUGUUACUACGUUUGUAAUUGUGGAUGUCAACUAGUUUAGUUGAUACGGCUGAUACCCAAGUCAUGUGGUUAAAUCCUGUCUAUGCCAAUUGCCCUUUAUGACUCUCUUUACCACCAAAGGAGAAAAACUAUGUUGGUAGUUGAAGUAAUAAUAGAUCAAAGGAGGAGUAACAAUUUGGGGUGAAAAACAUGUUUGUUUAAGAAUGAAGAUAUUUUGUGAAAAUUGUAAGCAAGAACUAGGACUCUUGUGGAUUGAAUCUACAUGUAUGAAUUUUGUACAACAGAUGAUUAUUCAUAUUAUAUAGAGGAAACUUAAUGGUUCA